AUGGCUGGUCUUUACCCAUGGCUCGUGCUCGCUGCAGCCAUGCUAGGCUUGCUAUUGCUGAGUUAUAUUAUCUAUCACCACUUUGUGGACCCGGAAAAGUCCUACUUUUUGGCGAUGGUCACAGUGAUCCUCUCACUGACGGUGGGGAUUUUGUGCACUUUGAUCAUCCCAGUUGACAUCUACGUGAUCUCAGAAGGUGACAUUACUUCUGAGUCUUUGCAUGUCACCAUUUCGCAGGACCAUGUCCGGGAUGCCUACUUGGUUCUGUUCUCAUCACUUCUGUUUAUUGCGUUUUUCUUGGUACCCUAUGCCUACUUUUAUGGUGAGGACAAAAGACCUUCCAUCCAUGACGACCUUGAGAAGUCGCAGUGUUGGAAUGCACUGCGAUCCACCGGCUUUUUCGUGGGCUUCGUCGUGGUGCUGCUCAUCAUCAGCUUAAACUUCAGACCGGGUCACAAAGAAAGCCUGGAUCGUGCCCUACAAAGUGAGGAAAGCGCGGUAAGGUGGCUCAAUGAUUUGCUGGAUGUGCAGCACCGAGGUCUGAAUGCCAUCUCCUUUGCCAUUGCCUGCCUGACCCUUGCUGGCGUCCUUGGGUGGGCCAUGUAUACAGCCUACGGCCUUGCUGCUAUGCCUUUUGACUGGCUCAGGGGCAAGCAGACGCCUUCAGAGCAGCGGCAAGACGUGGAGACAUCCAUCGCCGGCAUCCGCGACCGAUACCGGUCCAUCCAGUCUCGCUACUCUGCUCGAGAAGAUGGUUCCCUGGACCUCUCCAGGAUGAAGGCGGCAGAUCGGAGGGAGCUGAGCCGUUUGCAACGGGAGCACAAGAAUCUCAUGCAGCACAACUACAGGCUGCAAGAGGUUGAACAACGCGCUGGUGCUUGCAUCCCACAGCUCCUGCGAUGCCUGAUCCCAUUCCGGCUGCUUAUAGGUGUGGUAAUGAUGUCCCUCAGCCUCUUAGUGGUGUUUUCAUUGCUCUUGACCCUUGUGGAUCGAUGGCUGCAUUCUCCCUGUGGCUGGAGCUGUGGCUACACACUUCAGGAGCGUCGCAUUUAUAACCCUGCAGAUGAGGUCUAUUUGCGGCUCUCCAGAGUGUUUCCUGUGGAUUUUGUUUUUCUCAGCCUCAUUGUCUUGUACAUCUUUGCUGCAACCCUAUUUGGCAUCAUUGCUUUGGACAUCCGACUGCUUUGUAUCAGCGUCUACACAUUGCGUGCCCGCAAAUCGGCGCCUCAGGCUUUGCUGGUGAUGUGCAAUACCAUGGCCUACAUUCUACUGGCUCUCUGUGUGGCGCUCUUGACCAUCGCGCCCGACUACACAGCCUUUGGAUCUCAAAGGCCAAAGAGUGGAUUAGAUGCGACAGCAAGGUGCACAUUGAGGUCCAGUGAAGACCAGAGCCAUUGCCAGGUGUCUGUCAUCGCGACAUUCUUCACCCAAAUUGCCAAAGCCUUAGUGCUCAUCUUUUCCAUUGCCUACUUCUUGGCAAACUGGGCCUUCAUUGUAGUCUUCACCUUCGUCUUCAUGCGAGGCUUGCUCUUCCAGAGGCGGCAGCCCUUUUUGGACACCGCCAUGGACAUUGAAGAGGAGGAAUUGGGUCUUUUGGCUUUCGCCUAG